AUGUCAGUUGCACCGUCUCCUCCACAUGACUUUGAGGCUGGACUUGAGCUUGAUUUUGUUCCUGAUGAUCAACCUGUUGAUGCACCCGCUGAUCCUGAGCCGAUACCUGCUCCUGAGCCUUUGCCUGAUCAUGAUCCUAUCCCAUUUGGCAUACCUGACAUUGCACCACUCAUACCAGAUCCAGUUCUUGCACCCGCUGACCCUCCUGUUAUCGAGCCAGUCACUUCCCCACUUGCACCCACACCCGCUGAUGUUGCUCCUUUUCAGCCAGGAGAGUCUGAGCCUGCUUUUGUUCUCCCUCGUUCAUCACCGUCCCCAUUUUCACAUCCUCCUGCACCGCUCACUCCAUUUCCUGAGUUUGAUACUCGAUUUCUUACCGUUGAGCAGCAGAUCAGUUAUCUGUUGCGCCAUGUUUAUCAGCUUGAGGAGGAGCUUGCGCAUGUGCGCAGCUUGCUUUUUGUUCCUCCACCUCCUCCUCCACCACCAUUAGCAUAG